AUGAUGCAACACUACAAAGGAACAACAUUUGGGGAGCUAGAUCCUCAUGUUUUGCAAUUGCAGAUUUUGCUUUUAGGUUAUCUCCUCUCCCCACCUCUUUAUUUUAUACUGAAUGUAUUAGGGCAAUGGAUAAUGAAGGAAACAACAACUCGAUCUUGGUCAGUGGUGAAAGUGGGGCAAACUACUAAAAUGCUUAUGCAUCAAUCAGCUGACGGCAUGAGGCUUAAGGUGGAGGUGGCACCAGAAUCGAUAGCAGGUAAACAUUGUUUCUUUGGUGAAGAGAGGUUUGAAAAUGAUGGUGCGUCAAAAGCUAAAUGCUUACUCAAUGAAAUGUUCAAUAAGAAGGUUGAAAAGUCAUUAAGACACAGGGAUGCUUUGCUACCUGGAAAAAAGGAAACACUUGGACAGGUAUGGGUUGUAUUGAAGCUUGGAUUCUUGGAAAAAGGUAUCAUGUGGAAACAGAAUCAUAACAAUAAGAAGUAG